AUGGAGUGUUUUUUGCUUCUGGGCUUUGCGUUGGAGCCGUUUGGGUUAACGCUGUGGCGUGUGACCGGGGGAUUGUCAGUGACUCUUAUUGGCCUCCCCGUUGCCGCACUGACAUUUUACCAGCGAUUUCGGCAGCUGCGUUUGGUACUCCGUCGACACGUGUUGUCUGAGCGUCGUCGAUAUCGCGGGAAUGGCUUUGAUAGUGACGUAACAUUUGUGCAUUCCACAGUACUGGCGAUGUCAUGGCCAGCGGAAAACGUUGUACGUUGCUUCCGCAAUCCUGCCCAGGAGGUGGAAUUUCUACUUGAUACGUUGUACGGCCGCUAUUCGUAUCUUGUGGUUAACCUCUGCUCUGAGCGGGGGUACAACAAACUCAGGUUGUUUCAUGGUGAAUUUGUGCGUUACCAGAUGGAUGAUCAUAACCCGGCGGAACUCAAUGAAAUGCUCUCGUUUGUCCGCGAAGCUGGAGGUUUUGCGCGCAAGGAUCCUGAGCGCCGGGCCGUUGUGGUGCACUGCAAAGGUGGCAAGGGACGCACAGGCACAAUGAUUUGUGCGUAUCUGUUGUACAGCGGACUUCAGCCAACCGCGGAUGGAGCUUUCGAGCACUUUGGCACGAUGCGAGCGACCCUUGGUGCCCAAUUUCAGGGCGUACAGACGCCUUCACGGGAACGCUAUGUGCAUUAUUUUGAAAAACUGUUGACGUCGCUGAGGCCACCGUUUGCAGUAGAACCUAAAAUGCAGCCUAAACAGAUUACACGCAUGGAACUGCGUAAUAUUCCUCCCUUCUGUCGGAAGGGCAGUAUUGGCAAACUUUGGUUUGUGGUCAUUUUAAAGCCAAGCACCGCGAGACGUGUCAUUUAUAUUUCAAACCCAACUUUUUUUUUUGAUGCAUAUCCACCGGGCAAUUCGGCGACGCAUGUGUGGUCAAAACUGCGUGACAGUUGCGUGACAGCGGGCACUUCCCUGUACGGUGAUUCACAGGAAGUGAAUGUGUCGUUUCCAUUGUGCCCGUGCCACGAUGUUUUUGAAGUCGACGUAUGCGGCAAACAAAUUGAUUGCGCUGUAAUCUAUAGUCAGUAUGGUGCCACUGCAUCGAAGGAGAGAGAAAGAAAAAAAAAGGUGACACUGAAGGCACUUCAGCUUCAGCAACCUGCCGCCUGUCGUGGAUGA